GCGUCUGGGGCGGUUGUUGACGAUUCCUCAGGCAAAGACGCAAUUGCAGAGGGGAUGUAUAACAUCUUACAACCAGCCGUGCAGCAGCUGGACCUGCAUGUACACUCAGUCAGGAGCCAGCACGAAGGAAGAGUGAGACGUUGGAGCAGACAGAAAUCGGGAGAGUGAGGUGAAAGCCAUUUUGACGCUAUAAAUAUGGAAGUUGGAGCCAAGCUAUUUCGCCAUAAAUGAAUUACUUACCCAAAAUCAACAGGAAACGUCACCGGCUGGACCAGACGAACAACUGUCCCAUCGAAGAAAGCCAAGUGGAACUGAGAGAACACAUUGACAAUCUUGCGUCAGAAUUAUGCCGGAUAAAUGAACAUCAAAAAGUGGCUCUAGACCUGGACCCAUAUGUAAAGAAGCUUCUCAAUGCAAGACGAAGAGUCGUGCUCGUAAACAACAUUUUACAGAACGCUCAGGAACGUCUAAGAAGACUAAACCAUAAUGUAGCCAAAGAGACUGCGAGAAGGAAGACGAUGCUGGAGGCCUCAGGAGUGUUUAACACGCGCUCCCCCAGUAAACCCUGAGCAUCCGCGUCUUCUGCCCAGCAAACACUGAAUUAACCAGAAAGUUUAGGGAACACACGACAUGUUGAUGUCUUGCAUUGCGUCAUCUGAUGUCGUAAUGCAAAUACACUCUGCUUUACCGUAUUCUAAAUAACACACAAGUGGUUGUUUUGUCUCAUGAUGAAGGCAUUUUUCAACGCUCUUCAGCACGUUUAUAGAAUCUUUUGACAUAUACUACUUUUAUGAAUAAGAACUUUAAAGGAGGCUACUGAAAACUAUCUUAAUUAUGCAACACCCUUCCCCUUUAGUGCUAUUCUAGUUAUUUAUGAAUGUAUAUCAUGUUUUAAUAAUUUUGCCGUCUGUAUAUAAACUGUUCAAGUGGACUGUUUUCAAUUGUUUUGUAUGUGUACCUAAUUAUGUAUGUGAUUGAUUCAGUUACAUUAAGACUUCAAUCAAGUUUAUUUGCUUAAAGUCAAAUGAUGGAGGAUAUGACAAACUAAGUGGAACAAGUAAGGCGCAUUUGUGAUUUUUUUUGUGUGGAAAAUACUAAUUCUUGUCAACGUGAUGUUACAUUGCUCAAAUGUAUUGCCUAUUCGAACAGAACUCAACUUGGCACACAUAUAGCACAAUUGUCCAUUUUUUAAUUAAAGCAAAUAAUUAAAAA